GUGUCACGGAGGACGAGCUCGGGGGAGCGCCUCCGCCGACAUGGCCGUCUGGCUCUUCUUCCAGCUCGCCGCGGACCACGUCCUCCUCCCGAUUCUCGUCGCGACGUUCGUGCUCUCGCGCUCGGUGGUCCGGCACUCGACCCUGAUCAACCUCUGCUGCACGUGGAUCCUCUCCGGCGUCAUCUCGUCGCUCCUACUGUAUACAGGAGAAGCGACUGGCCCUGAACCUUCCAAGGGCCUAUGCACGGCUCAGGCCGCGCUCAUGAGCGGCGUCUUCCCUAUGACGUCCGUCGCGACUCUAACCCUCGCCUACCGGACAUGGCGCUCGUGCACUCCUGGCAAGUCCCAGCUCCGGGAGAAGGCGUCCCGGCCAAUGAGAGUGACGCUGCUUGGGUCGCCGUAUAUUACCUUGGGAGUGUUCUGUGCGAUCGCGGCGAAGCUGGGAGUGGAGUAUCCCGACCAGGUAGAUAGAACGACGAGGUUUUUCUACUGUGCGAUCAAUCUCAAGACGUUUGCCAUCGCAAUCAACGCAUUCUCUGCAGCUGUAUGUAUCAUCGCUGUGGGGUUCUUCGUGCACCUCGCCAUGCAGCAACUUAGGACUCGGGAGACCCGGCCACCCCGACAGCACUCCGCCAAAGCUGACACCGCUUUCCGGAUCCGCGUCGGGCUCCUAACGCUGUACAUGCUGACUGCUGCCUUGGCAAACCUCGGCGCACUAGGAGACCCGGGCACCGCAUUUCCCGACAUCUUCACCGCCUCAGUCGGCAUGGCAAUCUUCCUCCUCUUCGCCAGCCAAUCCGACGUCCUGCACGCCUGGCGGACCCUCCGCCCCUUCUCCGCGCCGCUCCCCCGGCGCGCACGCCCAGGCAGCCCGCCCGCCCCGCACACGCCCCACCCGUCCUUCGACCUCGACCUGCUCACGAAGCGCACGGACAGCGACGUGAGCGAGCAGGCGCGCCUGGAGGCGCUGCACACGUACUACGCCGAGCGCGUCCGCGGGGAGGGCGUCAAGGUCGAGAUCAUCCCCCGCCCGCAGGACGCGUUCAUACCGGGCUCGGAGCUGCGCCGCGCGUCUGGGGGGUCGGGCGAUGGGGGGAGCUUCAGGAAGGAGAAGGGGGCGGUGUGAGGGUUGGUUGAUGUUCGUUUGAGAUGCUCGUUGUCGACUUUUUUUUUGUUUUGCUUUGGUGUGUUUGUUUUCAUAUGUGGUGUGUAUCUGGGACUUCUCGCUCUGCG